CUCUCGCUCUCUGGAUGACAGGCGGCAGCAGCAGCGGUGGAUCGGCUCGUUAGUGCGCUCGAACCGAGAGAUUUCUUUGCUAUUUCUCUUGUGCGCUCUGCUUCGGUGAACUCGGGGGAGAUCAGGUGGGGAUUCCAGGAUGGGGUCCAACCCACCACGACCACCAUCAUCACCACCACCAUCAUCAUCAACGGCUCUAGACUUUACUUUGUUCUCCACUGCGCCGGAUAACGAGGAGAGCGCACUGAAAUAAAAACAACGUUUCGAUUAAAACUCAUCGGCUUCCGACAAGGGAAACUUUCUUUUAAAUAUAUUUGGGUUCAUUCUAAGCGGGUUUGGAAUGGAGGUCCAAACUUUCCUGCUGUCCGGUCUUGCUGUGCUCUUCUUCGGAGGGGAUAUUUUCACCAGGGCCAUGCUGAGUGACAUUGGGGACUAUGUAGGUACAGACAUUGAAAUAUCCUGGUUGCCUAACCUGGAUGAUUUAAUGAAAGGCUAUGCCAGAAAUUUUCGCCCUGGGAUAGGAGGUCCGCCGGUGAACGUGGCCAUGGCUAUCGAAGUGGCCAGCAUUGAUCACAUCUCUGAGGCCAACAUGGAAUACACCAUGACAGUGUUCUUGCGGCAGAGCUGGCACGAUGACCGCCUGUCCUACAAUCACACCAACAAGACUCUGGGACUGGACAGCCGAUUUGUGGACAAGCUGUGGCUACCCGACACAUUCAUCGUCAACGCCAAGUCUGCCUGGUUCCACGAUGUGACGGUGGAGAACAAGCUGAUCCGCCUGCAGCCCAACGGAGUCAUUCUGUACAGCAGCCGAAUCACUUCAACAGUAGCCUGUGACAUGGAUCUGACCAAGUACCCCAUGGAUGAACAGGAGUGUAUGCUGGACUUAGAAAGCUAUGGCUACUCCUCAGAGGACAUUGUGUAUCACUGGUCGGACAGUCAGAGGCACAUUCACGGACUGGACAAACUGGAGCUCUCCCAGUUCACCAUCACAGACUACCGCUUUGUCACAGAAAUUAUGAACUUCAAAUCCGCGGGACGUUUUCCAAGGCUCAGCCUUCGCUUCCAGCUGAGACGUAAUAGAGGUGUCUACAUCAUCCAGUCUUACAUGCCUUCCAUACUGCUGGUUGCGAUGUCUUGGGUGUCGUUUUGGAUCAGCCAAUCAGCAGUUCCAGCUCGGGUAACCCUAGGCAUCACAACCGUUCUCACCAUGACUACCCUGAUGGUGAGCGCUCGCUCCUCCUUGCCUCGGGCGUCAGCCAUCAAGGCGCUGGACGUCUACUUCUGGAUCUGCUACGUGUUUGUGUUUGCGGCCCUCAUUGAAUACGCCUUCGCUCACUACAAUGCUGACUAUCGGCUCAAAGAGAAGGCCAAGGUGAAGGCAAACAAGCUCAGCUCCGAGUCGAUAGUAAAGAAUGGCAAGCAGGCGAUGGUUCUGUUUUCCCUCUCGGUUACCGGGAUGAAUCAGGGAGUUGUCAUUUCCAACCGCCAGGGCCGAACGCAGCGCUCCGGCAGCGAAAUCCCCGGGGAGGGCGCCACGGAGGAGCCGGCGCCGAGCAGGAGGCGAUCGAGGCCGGCGGAGGAGAGCAAGGAGGACAAAAAGUGUUGCUCCAAGUGCGUCUGCAAGCCCAUUGACGCAGACACCAUCGACAUCUACGCCAGGGCGGUGUUCCCUUUCACUUUUGCCGUGGUGAAUGUGAUCUACUGGGUGGCGUACACGAUGUGAGGAGGCGGCAGAAUGUCGGGGAGGCCUGCCAUCGGAAGCUGUACAUAGGAAAUCUGCUGGAGUUGUGACAUUAAAAUGCUGGCAGAGUGUGCAGCUGACGACCACCGCAAGGAAGAAACUUCAAAUGAACGGAAGUGCACACUGUAAGAGCCUGUGAAUAUAGAAAUAUGAUAGUUAGUGGGAGUAGUUAAGAGUUGAAACUGUUAGACGGACACAAAAAAAAAAACGCUUCAUUACAAAGACAGCUAAGGAAGGUUUAAAGGCAAGUUACUUAGUUGCCCGUUGGAGGCUCACGUACAUAUUAAGAUUUGCAUCCUGCUAGAUGAACGCCACUAAAUACCAUGAGUUCUCAUCAAAACAGUCACAGUUCCCCCUGUCCCUCUCUCAUGAGCCGUCUGCUGUCCCAACAACCAAAACACCUCUCUGGCAAGAGGACGACAAGAUGAGGCGCACUGCUAUUCUGCAUGGCUGAUAACUCAUCCUCACCUCCCAUUCCACCCUUUCUUUUCUAUAUCCCCUGUCCCUCCACCCAUUUCUUUUUUAGUUCAUUUCCGCAUUUAGGACACAGUCUGGAGUGUCUUAUCUCCUCCUGCCAGUCCUGCCUGUUUCCUUGUUAUUAAAGGACUUCCACCGCUA